AUGGAUUAUCUUGAGCAGGAAAAUCGGGUAGUUCGUGAAGAAAUGACAGCCAUGCAGACUAGGAUGGACGAGAUGGCUGAAUUAAUAAAAACAAUGGCGGAAGCUCAGACUCAAGCUCAAGCACAGAUUCAAGCACAAGCGCAAGCAUUGGCACAAGCGCAAACUCAAGCUCAGGCCAUAACAGAAGCGCAGGCCCGAUCACAAGCACCUCCACCUCCUCCUGUCAGAACUCAGGCCGAGGCAUCUUCUUCUUGGACACUAUGUGCUGACACUCCAACGCAGUCCGCUCCGCAACGUUCCACGCCUUGGUUUCCACCUUUCACUGCUGGGGAGAUAUUUCGUCCUAUCACUUGUGAAGCUCAGAUGCCCACUCACCAGUACACGGCUCAAGUACCCCUACCUGCCAUGAGGGUCACUCCAGCCACCAUGACCUACUCAGCACCUGUGAUACAUACAAUCCCGCAAACUGAAGAGCCUAUCUUUCAUUCAGGGAAUGCAGAGGCUUACGAGGAAGUAAGCGACCUACGAGAAAAGUAUGACGAACUACGCCGAGACAUGAAAGCCCUCCGUGAAAAAGGGAAAUUUGGGAAGACUGCGUACGAUCUCUGUUUGGUACCGAGUGUGCAGGUACCUCACAAAUUCAAGAUUCCAGACUUCGAGAAAUACAAAGGGAGUUCUUGCCCUGAGGAACAUCUAAAAAUGUAUGUGAGAAGGAUGCCUGCGUAUGCCCAAGAUGAUCAGAUUCUUAUUUACUACUUCCAAGAAAGCUUGACCGGCCCUGCUUCAAAGUGGUACACAAACCUAGACAAAACAAGGGUUCAAACUUUCCGUGACCUUUGCGAAGCUUUCGUGGAACAAUACAGUUACAAUGUAGACAUGACUCCGGACCGAAGUGAUCUCCAAGCCAUGACUCAGGGAGAUAAAGAGACGUUCAAAGAGUAUGCCCAACGGUGGAGAGACACCGCUGCCCAAGUCAGCCCACGAAUUGAGGAGAAAGAGAUGACCAAGCUCUUCCUAAAAACUUUGAAUCAUUUUUAUUACAAAAAGAUGGUCGGGAGUACACCAAAGAGCUUCGCGGAGAUGGUUGGUAUGGGAGUACAGUUAGAAGAAGGAGUCCGAGAAGGACGCUUAGUAAAGAAUACAACUCCUGCCAGUGGGACCAAGAAGACCGGGAACCAUUUCCCGAGGAAGAAAGAACAAGAAGUCGAAUUACUUCCCGGCUUACUCAAGAAAAACCUUGUCCAAACUAGAACAGCUCCUCCUAUCCCAGAAAAACUACCAUCUUGGUAUAGACUUGACCAGACUUGUGACUUCCAUGAAGGGGGCCGUGGCCAUAACAUUGAAACUUGUUAUGCCUUUAAAAGCACAGUGCAGAGGCUGAUCAAUGAUGGAAAAAUAACAUUCACAGACUCGGCGCCAAAUGUUCAAACAAACCCGUUGCCAAAUCAUGGUGCCGCAACAGUCAACAUGAUCGAAGAUUGUCAAAAGACUCGUCCCAUUCAGAAUGUUCAACAUAUCAGAACACCUUUGGUUCCGUUACAUGCCAAGUUAUGCAAAGUCGACCUUUUUGAGCAUGAUCAUGAUCUCUGUGAAAUAUGCCUUAUGAACUCCGGAGGAUGUCAGAAAGUAAGAAAUGAUAUUCAAGGGCUCCUGGACCGAGGAGAGCUUGUGGUCGAAAGGAAGUGUGAUGAUGUGUGUGUAAUAACUCCUGAAGGGCCUUUGGAGGUAUUUUAUGACAGUCGAAAGUCAACUAUCACCCCUCUGGUGAUCUGCUUACCGGGUCCACUGCCAUAUGCUUCUGAAAAAGCCAUUCCAUACAAAUACAAUGCCACCAUGAUUGAAGAGGGUCGUGAGGUUCCAAUACCGCCUUUGUCUAGUGUGGAUAAUAUUGUUGAAGACAGUAGAGUUCUGAGAAAUGGGCGCGUUGUUCCCAUAGUGUUCCCAAAGAAGAUUGAUGCUACAAUAAACAAGGAGGUUCAGACUAAAGAUGCUGGUAUCGCCAAAGAAGUGGAUCAACCCAAUGGGGCUGGUACAAGUGCAGAGUUUGAUGAAAUUCUCAAGUUAAUAAAGAAGAGCGAGUACAAGGUCGUUGACCAACUGAUGCAGACUCCAUCCAAAAUAUCCAUAAUGUCUUUAUUACUAAAUUCUGAGGCCCAUAAAGAUGCAUUAAUGAAGGUCUUAGAACAAGCUUUUGUGGAUUAUGAUGUAACGGUGGGUCAGUUUGGCGGAAUAGUAGGGAACAUCACUGCAUGCAACAACUUGAGUUUCAGUGAUGAAGAGCUCCCAGCAGAAGGAAGGACCCACAAUCGGGCGCUGCAUAUAUCUGUGAACUGUAAAACCGAUGCUUUGUCAAAAGUGCUGGUGGAUACUGGAUCAUCUUUGAAUGUAUUGUCCAAAACAACUUAUACCCAACUCGCUUACCAAGACGCACCUUUGAGACGAAGUGGGGUAAUGGUGAAAGCUUUUGAUGGCUCGAGGAAGGAUGUCCUUGGUGAGGUGGUUCUACCUAUCACAGUUGGGCCACAAGUUUUUCAAGUUAAUUUUCAAGUCAUGGACAUUCAAGCUUCAUAUAGUUGCUUACUGGGUCGACCCUGGAUUCACGAGGCAGGGGCUGUCACAUCCACGCUGCAUCAAAAGCUGAAGUUUGUAAAGAAUGGGAAGCUAGUAACUGUAAACGGUGAAGAGGCUUUAUUGGUGAGUCAUUUGUCAUCUUUCUCUUUCAUUGGGGCAGACGAUGUCGAAGGGACACCUUUUCAAGGGUUUACUAUAGAAGAUAAGAAUACCAAGAAGAAUGAAGCCUCUAUCUCGUCUCUGAAAGAUGCUCAGAAGGUCAUACAAGCAGGAGGGUCCACAAGCUGGGGAAAGUUGAUAGAGCUUCCAGAAAACAAGCACCGAGAAGGAUUGGGUUUCUUCCCAUCUACUGGUUUGUCCACAGCGAAGAAGGGCACUUUCCACAGUUCGGGCUUUAUCCAUGCGAUCAUUGAAGAUGGUCCUGAAAGCGUGCCACGAGGUUUUAUAACGCCAGGAGUAUCCAGCCACAAUUGGGUUGCUGUAGAUGUUCCUUUUGUUGCUCACUUGUCCAAAUUAGAAAUCAACGAACCCGUUGAACAACAUAAUCCUAUGAUCUCUCCCAACUUUGAGUUCCCUGUCUAUGAGGCGGAGGAAGAAGAGAAUGAAGAGAUCCCUGACGAAAUCUCUCAACUACUCGAACAAGAGAGGAAGACCAUUCAGCCUUAUGGGGACGAACUAGAAUUGAUUAAUUUGGGCACCAAAGAAGACAAGAAAGAAAUCAAGGUUGGGGCAUCGCUCGAAACAAGUGUUAAAAAGCAAGUGAUAGAGCUCCUCAAAGAAUAUGUUGAUGUGUUUGCCUGGUCCUACCAAGAUAUGCCAGGUCUAGACACUGAUAUUGUGGUACAUCACCUACCUUUGAAACCUGAAUGUCCGCCAGUCAAACAAAAGUUGAGAAGAACACGUCCUGACAUGGCUCUCAAAAUCAAAGAAGAGGUACAGAAACAGAUCGACGCUGGUUUCCUCAUCACAUCAAAUUACCCCCAAUGGUUAGCUAACAUAGUGCCUGUUCCAAAGAAAGAUGGUAAGGUCAGAAUGUGUGUUGACUACCGUGAUUUAAACAAAGCUAGCCCGAAAGACGACUUUCCUUUACCUUAUAUUGACGUGUUGGUUGACAGUACUGCCAAGUCUAAAGUCUUCUCAUUCAUGGAUGGAUUCUCCGGAGCUACUUAUCAGAGGGGUAUGACUACUCUUUUCCACGAUAUGAUACAUAAAGAGAUUGAGGUCUAUGUGGAUGAUAUGAUAGUCAAGUCGAUUACUGAAGAAGACCAUGUCAAGUAUCUACAGAAGAUGUUCCAGCGCCUGAGGAAGUACAAACUUCGUCUAAAUCCCAACAAAUGCACUUUUGGUGUCAGAUCCGGAAAGCUUCUAGGUUUCAUUGUCAGCCAGAAAGGCAUCGAAGUAGACCCUGACAAAGUCAAAGCCAUCAGAGAGAUGCCUGCUCCGAGAACAGAAAAAGAAGUAAGAGGUUUUCUUGGACGACUAAAUUACAUCUCCCGGUUCAUUUCUCAUAUGACUGCAACUUGUGGGCCGAUAUUCAAACUACUCCGCAAAGAACAAGGUAUUGUGUGGACCGAAGAUUGCCAGAAGGCUUUUGACAGCAUAAAGAAGUACUUGCUAGAACCACCGAUUCUCAUCCCUCCAGUUGAAGGAAGACCUUUGAUCAUGUACCUAACAGUGUUAGAAAAUUCCAUGGGUUGUGUGCUCGGACAACAAGAUGAAACCGGAAGAAAAGAGCACGCCAUUUAUUAUUUAAGCAAGAAGUUUACUGAAUGUGAAUCUCGCUACUCCAUGCUCGAGAAGACGUGUUGUGCUCUAGCCUGGGCUGCCAAACGCCUCCGUCAUUAUAUGAUUAAUCACACUACGUGGCUGGUAUCUAAAAUGGAUCCAAUCAAGUACAUAUUUGAGAAGCCCGCUUUGACAGGAAGGAUUGCACGGUGGCAGAUGCUACUAUCUGAAUAUGAUAUCGAGUACCGUUCCCAGAAGGCAAUUAAAGGCAGUAUUCUUGCUGAUCACUUAGCUCACCAACCACUUGAAGACUAUCGACAUAUCAAGUUUGACUUUCCUGAUGAAGAGAUUAUGUAUCUAAAGAUGAAAGAUUGUGACGAGCCACUAUUCGGAGAAGGACCUGAUCCAGAUUCAGUGUGGGGUUUAAUAUUUGAUGGGGCUGUCAAUGUAUACGGCAACGGCAUAGGGGCAGUACUCCUUACUCCUAAGGGUGCUCACAUCCCUUUCACAGCAAGACUCCGGUUUGACUGCACGAACAACAUCGCUGAAUAUGAAGCCUGCAUCAUGGGUAUUGAAGAAGCCAUUGAUCUAAGAAUCAAGAACAUCGAAAUAUAUGGAGAUUCAGCUCUUGUAAUCAACCAGAUCAAAGGAAAAUGGGAAACUCUUCACGCAGGACUAAUACCUUAUCGAGACUAUGCAAGACGUUUAUUGACCUUCUUCAACAAAGUGGAAUUACAUCAUAUCCCUCGGGAUGAGAAUCAGAUGGCUGAUGCCUUGGCUACUUUGUCUUCAAUGAUCAAGGUGAAUCAUCACAAUGACGUGCCACUAAUCAGUGUCAAAUUCCUUGAUAGACCCGCUUAUGUGUUUGCCGCUGAAGCAGUUUUCGACAAUAAACCCUGGUUUCAUGAUAUUAAGGUGUUUCUCCAAACUCGAGAGUAUCCUCCUGGAGCAUCCAACAAAGAUAAGAAGACUCUCAGAAGAUUAUCUAGUAAUUUCUUCCUGAAUGGGGAUAUCUUGUACAAAAGAAACUUUGACACGGUCUUGCUCAGAUGUGUAGACAAAUAUGAAGCUGAUUUAUUGAUACAUGAAAUACACGAAGGAUCCUUCGGAAUUCAUCCUAAUGGGCACACAAUGGCUAAAAAGAUAUUGCAAGCAGGCUACUACUGGAUGACAAUGGAAUCAGAUUGCUACAAGCAUACCAGAAAGUGUCACAAGUGUCAGAUAUACGCCGACAAGAUUCAUAUGCCGCCGACUACACUCAAUUUACUUUCCUCUCCGUGGCCUUUCUCUAUGUGGGGCAUUGACAUGAUCGGAAGGAUUGAGCCCAAAGCUUCAAAUGGACACCGUUUUAUCCUAGUGGCUAUUGACUACUUCACUAAGUGGGUUGAGGCCGCAUCGUAUGCCAAUGUGACCAAACAAGUGGUGGUCAAAUUUAUCAAGAAUCAUAUCAUUUGUCGUUACGGCAUCCCCAACCGGAUCAUCACCGACAACGGAACAAAUCUAAACAACAAGAUGAUGAAAGAAUUGUGUGAUGAUUUCAAGAUCGAGCACCAUAACUCUUCACCUUACAGACCCCAAAUGAAUGGGGCAACCCCUUUCUCCCUGGUAUAUGGUACGGAGGCAGUACUUCCUGUAGAAGUCGAAAUUCCAUCAUUGAGAGUCCUAAUGGAGGCUGACUUAUCAGAAGCUGAAUGGGUUCAGAAUAGAUACGACCAGUUGAAUCUAAUUGAAGAAAAGCGCAUGACGGCCCUAUGUCACGGACAAUUAUAUCAAAAAAGGAUGAAACAGGCCUUUGACAAGAAAGUUCGUCCCCGUAAGUUUAAAGAAGGUGAUCUUGUGCUCAAAAAGAUUUUCUCUUUCCAACCAGACUCCCGAGGCAAGUGGGCUCCUAAUUAUGAAGGUCCGUAUGUUGUUAAAAGAGCCUUCUCAGGUGGUGCCAUGACUCUACAAACCAUGGACGGUGAAGAACUUCCACGACCUGUGAACACGGACGCAGUCAAGAAAUACUUUGUCUAA